ACCCACGGAGAGCGGCAGCGUCUUGAGUUUCUCACCGCGCUGGGUUCCUCUUGGGACAGGAGACGUGGCGGUGGAGGUGUAGCAGGAGGAGGAGGUUGUGGAGUCCCCUUCUCUGCGCGUGGAGCCACUCAUGAAGCGAGAGGAGGAGGAGGUGAAGGAGGAGAUGGAGCAGGAGGUGAAGGAGGAGGUGAAGGAGGUGAAGGAGGAGGUGAAGGAGGAGUUGGAGGUGGAGGUGAAGGAGGAGGAGAUGGGUGCUGAGACGUGGCCACCCGUCAAGGUUGAGAGAGCCGACUCUGAUGGCGGUGGUGGUGACGGUGGUGGUGGUGACAGUGGUGGUGGUGGUGACGGUGGUGGUCAUGGAUGCGACGAGCGAGUUCAAGAAGCCCUGCGGACUGCGGGAGAUGAGCUUAACAAGGCAGGGGAUGAGCUAUUUGAUGAGGAGGCCGAUCUUCAUUCCGACGGAGAGGAUAUUCGCAUCAAGGAGGAGAAGGAGGAGGGGGAGGAGGAGGACCUACAGGAUGCCGCUUCCAGCGACAGGCCGGGAGAGACAGCAAUCUCGUGCAGAGGCCCUCCGACUUCACGGCAAGUGGCGGAGAUUGAGGUGGUCCUGGAGGGUGAAAGGGGUCACGGCAAGCUGAGGAAUCGCCAGAAAACCCACGGCAAGGAGGGGAAUAAGAAGAAGUCACACAGGUGCUCCCUGUGCGGAGAGACUUUCGUCGAAUUGUCGGACCUCAGGGGGCACGCGAAAGUCCACGCGGACGACAAGCCGCUGCGCUGCGCCGUUUGCGGAAAGGGGUUCGUGGUGGCGAAGUCUCUCCGGUACCACAUGAUGGGCCACACCGGGGAGAAGCCGCACCGGUGCCCCGUGUGCGGCAAGGCCUUCGCGCAGCGCUCUGCCUUCAACGCCCACGCGAGGGCUCACGCGGGCGAGAAGACUCACCGGUGCGACGUGUGCGGUAGGGGCUUCCUGCACCCAUCGUCCCUCAAGGCCCACGCGAAGGCGACGCACGCCGGGCAGGGGCCCGUCGUGUGCCCUGCGUGCGGCAAGACCUUCCGGAAGGCGUCCACCCUCGCCAGCCACGCGGUGGUGCACGGCGGCGAGAAGCCGUUCAGGUGCCCGCAGUGCGCGAGGGGCUUCGUCCUCUCCUUCUCCCUCAAGAGGCACAUGGCGAGCCAACGACGACGGCGGCGGCGGCGGGGCUCGCGCCUGCCCACCGUGCGGCCGGACCUUCGCCGACCCGUCGUCGCUGAGGGCCCAUCUCUCGACCUCAGGGUCCACGCCAAGGUCCAUGCGGACGAGAAGCCCCUCCCGUUGCCGACCCCCGUGUGCGGGAGGGGAUUCGUCGUCGCCAAGUCCCUCCGGUACCACAUGAUGAGCCACACGGGGUGCAAGCCAUUCACGUGUGCCGCGUGCGGCAAGGACUUUGCGCAGUUGUCGGCUUUCAACGCUCACACGAGGACCCACGCGGGAGAUUCGCACAGGUGCGACACGUGCGGGAAGGACUUCGCCCAUCUGUCGGCGCUCAAGAUUCACAAGAUGACGCACGCAGGCAGGAGUCCGUAUAAGUGCCCGACGUGCGCCAAGGAUUUCGUCAACCCGUCGGCUCGCGACAAGCACGCGAGGACGCACAGCGCGGAGAAGCCGCACAAGUGCUUCGUGUGGGGAGGAGCUUUGCGGAGCUUUCGAACCUCGACUUUCACGUCAAGUGUCUGA